AUGCAAUCUCUACUCCUCCCCGCUCCGUGGUUUUCAAAUUCGCAUUUUGGGCCACAUCGAUUUGAAUUCGAUACUGGCCAUAUUCCUAUUCACUCACGGGCGCCAUCAACGGGGCCGAAACCCAGCCUGAGGGCAGAUCACCCACCUCCCCCUAUGUCAGGCCUUCUGCCGACAAGCACUCAAUCCGAACGUGCAAUAACUACUCAACACCAGCGACCAUCAGGCUUCGAGAGGCCGACGUCGAUAGAUGCGGCUCGUACAAACUUGCCGCCGACCUUGCCGACAUUUACUUCUAUAGGAGCUGCUAGCGUGACGCAAGCACCGCGCUUUGUUUCUCCCUUACAAACUGGACCAUCUGGAAGUUCAUCCGUCCAAAUUCCCAGUAUCAAUGCUGGGUUAUCGCAUACCCUGACUGAGCCUCCGCAAGCGUAUGGCUUGACCGCCAGCAAUUCCAUACGAUCGCUGCCCCCACGGUCAACGAGACGCGCGAAGGCGCACGUCGCUUCAGCAUGUGUGAACUGUAAACGGAAACAUUUGGGUUGUGAUUCUGCUAGGCCCUGCCGGAGAUGCGUGCUGUCUGGAAAAGCGUCGACAUGCGUGGACGUGACGCACAAAAAACGCGGGCGGCCACCUCUCAAGGCUGAAGAAGCCCCCGUGCGAACAUUCGCUUCGGCUGAAGGAUCAAUGGCAUCGAGAGAACAGUUCCAAAUUUCGACAGCUCGCGGGCACGGCCAUUCCAGAACUUCCUCACGAGAGAUUCGUCCGAUCACUGACCUACAAUAUGCGCGGCCUCGAGGGCAUAGUACCGCAGGGCCAACCGUUGGAGCAGAAAGUAUUGCUUCACACCCUCCUCGAUGGCAGCCUCUCGUAUCACCUCAAGUAGGCCCAGGGAGUGGCAGCCAGAGACCUCUUGCAUCCCCUACAGCGGCGCCGCCGCCACCGUCGUUCACAAGAGCCAAUUAUCCCCCAAGUCCAUUUACUCAUUCGCCAGUAACGACCUUUACAAAUCCUGCUCCCGGCUCUGAGUUUCGGCCUUUGCUAAUGUACAAUGACCGUCCUCAUGCUAUCACUCCACCAACAGUCUCGCCACAACAAUACCACCAGCAUUACCCAGCACCUCUACCAUCACAUAUAAAUCCUCAAACGCCAAAUAGACCAGGAGAUACAACCGGGCCACCAAUUGAUUCCCAAGACCCUUCUAGAGACCAUGGUAUUCGACUACCGCCCAUCCUACCAUCACCAACUGCAUUUACACACGGAAGCCCAGCUCACUCCCACCAGCGCAGCGGCUCAUAUUCUGAUUUAUCAGGAUAUCAAGGCCCAAGAAGUCCACGACAGGGCACCCAAGCACAUGUCGUACCUCACGAGUCACCGCGGUCUUUUUUCGAUCCAUCGAGCCGGGUGGAGCUCCGAUCCCCAUUUCCUCCUAUGCCUCGACCUCGAACUAUGAUGUCAGCACUGGAUCAGAAAAGCCCCCUUUCCCAAGCGCAACAGUUGCAAGGUGGCACAGAGACAGCAACGGAACCAGGGCUGGAUCGCCGACGAAAAAGCGAGGCCGACACAGAGGAAAACCCGCAGCCUGCUAAGAGACGGCGAAUGGCGGUGGAUGAUAUCGUGAAUGGCUGA